GUUCCGGGUCAGAAACUGGGCAACAAGGAAAUAAUCUCCAGGCCAAGAGAAAAGACGAAAGAAACGCACGCAAACAGACAUGUAAACGCUCACAAUUAAAUCACGGGACAGUGAACCGUCUGCCGAAGAUGUGGCGAGGAAGGUGAAACGAGGAAAGAAAACUCCCGCGAUCUUUUCAUUCCAUGUUUCCGUGCGCGGCGCGUUUGAAGUUGAUACAUUGUAUCCUGUGCUUCCGCUAGUAGUUUGUGUCAGUGUUGAAGUUUUCCAACUGUAGCAGUGAUUGAUUUUCAUCGUUAUAAAUCCCGUGAUGUUUCACUGUAUCCCCCUGUGGCGGUGUAGCCGUCACGUUGAAUCGGUCGAUAAGCGCCACUGCUCGCUUCUCGUCGUGCCGGAGGAGAUAUAUCGCUACAGAGCGAGCCUGGAAGAGCUGCUGCUGGACGCCAAUCAGCUUCGAGAUUUACCCAAGCCUUUUUUCAAUUUGACGAAACUGAGAAAACUCAGCCUGAGUGACAAUGAGAUCCAGCGGCUGCCAGGGGACAUAGCUAACUUUAACCAGCUUGUAGAGUUGGACGUGUCUCGAAAUGACAUUAUUGAAAUCCCAGAAAGCAUUUCGUAUUGUAAAACUCUCCAAGUAGCAGAUUUUAGUGGGAAUCCCUUGACAAGAUUGCCAGAAAGUUUUCCGGAGUUACGGAAUUUAACAUGCCUUUCCGUCAAUGACAUUUCCUUGCAAGCACUCCCAGACAACAUUGGAAACCUCUGUAACUUGGUAUCACUGGAACUCCGAGAGAAUGUGCUGACUUAUUUACCAGAGUCUUUAUCUCAGCUUCAAAAACUUGAAGAACUUGAUUUAGGAAACAAUGAACUAUAUAAUUUGCCUAAGACAAUCGGUUGUCUUGUCAGCCUGAAGGACCUCUGGCUGGAUGGAAAUCAGCUGUCUGAAAUACCACCGGAAAUGGGUGGCAUGAGAAGCCUUACGUGUCUGGAUGUAUCUGAAAACAAGUUAGAGCAUCUCCCGGAGGAGAUGGGAAACCUCAUUUCCCUCACUGACCUCCUGGUGUCCCAGAACCUCAUUGACAUGCUGCCAGAGAGCAUAGGAAAAUUAUUACAACUUUCGAUAUUGAAAGCCGAUCAAAACCGUUUAAUCCAACUGCCAGAGAGCAUAGGCAACUGUGAAAGCCUCACUGAACUGGUGCUAACAGAAAACCAGCUGGUGAACUUGCCAAGAAGUAUUGGAAAACUAAAGAAACUGUCCAACUUCAACUGUGAUAGAAAUCGAUUAACAUCUUUACCGAAAGAGAUUGGCGGCUGCAGCAGUCUGAAUGUUCUUUGUGUGAGAGAGAACUGUCUAACACGCAUCCCUCCAGAGCUCUCGCAGGCCACAGAACUUCACGUUCUUGAUGUUUCUGGAAACAGGCUCCAGUACCUUCCCAUGAGCCUGACUACUCUACGUCUUAAAGCUCUCUGGCUGUCAGAGAAUCAGUCUCAACCUCUGCUCACGUUCCAGACAGACGUGGACCCUGAAUCUGGAGAGAAGGUGCUCACCUGUGUACUGUUGCCUCAGCAACCUUGUGAAUCAGAAUGUCAAGAUAACCUGACCCGCUUUGGUGCACUGGAGAGUCUAUUGGAGAAUGACGUGUUGGAUGACACGUGGGACGACAAAGCUGCAAACAGAAGGAGCACCAUCCGUUUUGUUGAAGAUGAUAAUGAUGAAGAUGAUGAUGAGGAGAGAACACUGUUGCGACGGGCCACCCCCCACCCUGGCGAGCUAAAGAACAUGAAGAAGGUGGCUGAGACCAUCCGUAAGGACCUGAAUGCUGCCAAAGGCCUGGAUUCCAACAAAAACGAGGUCAAUAAUGCUGUGGACCCAGUGACUACAUCUGUAUGACUGCUUUAACUCCGAGGUGUCUCUUACCCAAUGUCUUUCCCCUAAAUGCCCACCUGCAGAGUCAUUCCUCACUGCCCCUGUUUACAAUAUCAGGGGUUGACCACCUUUAUACUCUCCUGGGACCACCAGAGCCCUUUGUUUAGCCCUGCUAACUUCAUCUGCUCUUGCCCCGUCUCAGGGACAAGCCCUCAAACAUGGUGCCUUCUUUUUUAAAGACAUUCACAGCAAUAAUCGGCAGAGGAAUGCACAUUUUUACUAGUAAAACUUUUCAAAUCCAGUGCUUUUUAUUUGUUUUCCUUUGAUACAAAACGAAGGUAGUUGCACUACGAGUCUAAGCAUAAAUCUUUCAGAGAAUCGUUAUUAAAGAUAUAUUAAAUUGAUAUAUAUUUAGAUCUAUUUUUUUAUUUUUUUGUAAACACUGGGUGCAUUUUUUUCUCUUUCUUGAAUUGGUGAUGUAUGGAGCCCAGGCCUAUUUGGGACCUACUGAUUUUUAAAGUUAUUGAAUUUUUGCUUGUGAAUAUGGAUACUUUUAUACAUACUGUAUGGCAGCUCAGGUGGUGUAAAUUAAAAUGUGUAGCCAAUUUCUUAAUCAAUGAUCUUUCUAAUCCUGUUGCUAGGUUUUCAGACUUAAAAGCAUUUGAACAAAGUGGCACAUUUUAUUGUCAUACACAAAAUACAAGGGGGCUUUGAAUUUAUUAUUUUUCUUUAAAACCAACACAUAUUAUAUUGCUUGUAAACAUUUUUUGUACUGCAAGUAAAUUAGGGCUUAUAUGGCUCAGGACUGUGAUCUGAAACACUCCAGCAUUGUUAUGGAGUAGGGCGAACGCUGUCCAACAGACCUUCACUGUGCUUUUAGCUUUGUAAAACCGGAACACUAACACUUUUGUCAUUUAAGGUAACAGACGUUAUUAAUAACUAUAACUUUGGUUUAGGUGAGCAGUUUCCCCCCCUACAUGUGCCAGAGUGCACUUUUACAAAAAGUGUUUCAAGUGUUUUUAUGGUACACUACGGAUUUCAUUUAACAUUGUAUGUACUUGUUUUCCAAAACAGACUUUGUUUUUAAUGUCAUUUUUAGUAUUUUUUUUGUCAGAGAUUAAGCUGCACAGGAAACAAUCUUAAACAGGCGUUUUUUCUGGGCCAGUACUUUUAUGACUUUAACCACUGAAUAAUAAAAAUGAUUUUAUGAA